GCGGCCCCCAGUUGCACGUUUGCCAGAGGACCACCCACCUCUCGAAUCCUUCCUCCCCCUCUCCACUCCCCGAGCACCCUGCUGUUUUUGCAGGAGAGUCCCCCUCAGAGGAAGUUUCAUCUGCACCAUGUCGACUCCAAGCACCGAGCCCAACAAGGACAUUGAGAUGUGGAAGAUCAAGAAGCUCAUCAAGAGUCUUCAGGAUGCCCGUGGUAAUGGUACAUCCAUGAUCUCCCUCAUCAUCCCCCCGAAGGAUCAGAUCUCCCGUGUGUCUAAGAUGCUCAACGAGGAGGCUGGUACCGCCAACAACAUCAAGUCUCGUGUGAACCGCCUCUCCGUGCUUGCCGCCAUUACCUCCAGUAUCCAGCGCCUGAAGCUGUACAACAAGGUCCCCCCCAACGGCCUGAUUAUCUAUUGCGGCACCGUCAUGACCCCCGAGGGCAAGGAGCGCCAGGUGACCAUCGACUUCGAGCCCUUCAAGCCGAUCAACACCUCGCUGUACAUGUGCGACAACCGCUUCCACACCGAGGCCCUGAGUGAGCUGCUGGAGGAUGACCACCGGUUUGGCUUCAUCAUCAUGGAUGGUUCCGGCACCCUCUUCGGUGCGGUCACCGGUAACAAUCGUGAGGUGCUCCACAAGUUCUCCGUCGAUCUGCCGAAGAAGCACGGUCGUGGUGGUCAGUCUGCCGUUCGUUUCUCGCGUCUGCGUACGGAGCGGCGCCACAACUACACCCGUAAGGUGUGUGAGUUGGCCACCCAGCUCUUCAUUACCAACGAUCGUCCCAACGUCUACGGUCUGAUUCUUGCCGGUUCUGCCGAUUUCAAGACUGAGCUCAGCCAGUCCGAGAUGUUCGACCAGCGCCUGGUCCCGAAGAUCAUCAAGAUCAUUGACGUCUCCUACGGCGGUGAGAACGGCUUCAGCCAGGCCAUUUCCCUGUCGCAGGAUGCCCUCGCCAAUGUCAAGUUUGUUCACGAGAAGAAGCUCCUCGAGCAGUUCUUCGAGCAGAUUUCCACCGACUCCGGCCUCUACUGCUUCGGCUUGCAUGAGACUCUGGAGGCUCUUGAGAACGGCGCCAUUUCCACCCUGAUUGUCUUCGAGAACUUGACGAUCACCCGGUUCCAGGGCAAGACCCGCGAUGGCACUGAGCGUGUCCUCUACCUCGACCUGCCCGCCGAGACCGACAAGAUCAAGGAUCCCAAGUCCGAUGACGAGGUCGAGGUCACCGAGGCCAUGUCCCUCGUCGAGUGGCUCACCGAGAACUACCAGAAGUUUGGUGUUGUCCUUGAGUUUAUUUCCGACCGCUCUCCCGAGGGGUCGCAGUUCGUCAAGGGCUUCGGUGGUAUUGGUGGUGUGCUGCGCUACCGCCUGGGCGGCACUGGCGACGAGUAUGGCAAUGCUGCCGAGUCGGAGGACGACAUGUUCUUCGCCACCGACGACGAGGAUGAUGACUUCUUCUAAAUGGCACGCGCCCCUCAUGUCACGAUCGGCCACCCUCCUCCCCCCUCUUUCCCCUCCUCAGCGUGCAUCUGCCGCCUGAUCUUGUUCUCUGUCCCUCCUCUCAUCGCGAGAGGAGAGGGUGACUCCUCAUGCCUUCGGGGGCCCCCUUCUUCGUCCUUUUUCCACGCAGAAGCCCGGGAGGGGGCAGUCGUGUGGUGAUAUCUGGCAACACACGCGUCCUCCGUGCUGUGUUCCCCCCCCCCCUCCUUCCCUUCCCUCCCCUCCGCCACACACGCGCCCAUGAGAGAGAGAGAGAGAGGAUGCGCCGUAUGCCCACGCCCUCUCCUGUGUGCGCGUGCGGUUGAUCCAAAAAUACACGCCUCCUUAGGCAACGCCACUGA